UGAAAUCAAACAAAUGCCAAUGCUGAAAACUGCAUAAGUUGGCCAAUAAUUUAGGAAUGCAAGCGUUAACUUUGUCUCUCUCUCGCAGACACUGCCCGACCUCCCGAGCAUUUCGCUUUAAUUUCCGAUCGGCAGCGUCCGCAUUUCCCCGGCUCCCGUUUCCCGCGCAUGCGCGCUCCCACCCUCGGGCGCCGGGGCUGAUGGGAGUCUCACUUCCAAUAUGGCUGAAGAUCCCGGAGGGUUGUAUUUUAUUCACCCAACGGUUUUCUUUUUUCAUUCCGUUUUUCCUGUUGGUUUUGCAACAUGGAAGGACUCUCGAUAGCGUGUUUCGGUUCUGUGUCGUCGCCGCCGCCGCCAUGCCAAAGAAAGGGAACAGAAAACGGCUGAAAUACCGGGGAAACAUUUCUUCUGAAGCAGUUACUGUGGCAGAUUAUGCCGAUUCAGACCCAGCUAUUGUGAAGACUGGUAGAGUAAAGAAAGCUGUGGCAAAUGCAAUUCAAAAAGAAGUAAAAUUGCUGUGUGGAUUGGAAGCAUCUCAAGUCCCUGCAGCAGAAGAAGCUCUUUCCUCUGUAGCUGGGGAUCAUUUGGACUGUGACAGUAGUGACGAAGUAGAUGCUGAUGGCCACUCAAAUGAGUUGAAGGUCUCUAGGAAAAAGAAAAGUAAACGACAGCAAAUGGAGGAUGCAGAGGACUGUGGAGAAGAAUACCCUAUAGAUAUUUGGUUAUUCCUGUCAUCUUACAUACGUCCUGAAGAUAUUGUUAAAUUUGCUCUGAUUUGUAAAAGUGCUUGGGCUGUAACCUGUACAGCUGCUUUUUGGACCAGAUUGUACAAAAGGUAUUACUGUCCAGAUGUGUACUUGCCUGAGCGUUUACAACGCGAGGUCAUAGGAAGGUUUAGUUCACUGCGGGCCUCUGUGAUUCGUUCCUUGUAUCUCAUGUAUGAGCCAUUUCGUUCUCGUCUGUUAGAGAAACCAGCAAUUCCUGAGUCAACUCCAACCACGUUACAGAAUUGCAGCUGCUUACUGUACUGGUGCAAGAAAGGAAGUGGAAAUAGAUCAGACCAAAGAUGGGAGUUCAACUACAAAUUCAAAAAGCAGUCACCUAAGUUGAAGAAUGGCUGUCAAAAUGGACUACAGUUUCCUAGACAAUACGAGCAAGUACACAAGAACCCUGACCAAGACUGCUACUUAUUGCAGAUCACCACUCUCAAUUUCAUCUUCACACCUGUGGUUAUGGGAAUGACAUUAGCUUUGUUUACAAUAAAUGUGAGCACUGAUAUGAGGCACCAUCGUGUCAGAAUGCUCUUUCAAGACUCCCCGCUUCCACAAGGCAAGAAGCCUAAAAAGGACCAAGGACUCCAAGUUAUCUUGGACCCUGUGCAUAGUGUGCGUUUACUGGACUGGUGGCAUCCACAAUAUCCCUUUUCUGCCAGUAUUUAGUAUUAUUUCCCUUUCAAACAAUACAAAACUGGGAGGAAAAAAUUGGCACUUAAUUGAAUUGCAUGUUAGAUAUGGAGAAUGAGUUCAGUUUAUAGAGAAGUGACUUAAGGAAUGUAGAAUUUUGUGAUUCAUAAAUGUCAAAGGUGAUUAGCAGCUGAAAUGCAAAUAUUGUGGGAUGAAAUGUGUACACCAUUUGGAGCCCGGAUCUGAGAGUCAGGAAAAACUAAUCUUGUCUGGAAAGUAAUUUAUUUAACAGUAGUUCAACUUUACAUCUUUCUCAUUAUUUUAUACACAAAGUUUUCAGAUUGCUUGAUGUAGGGAUUGGUUUUCCCUUAUUUUGACAGUACGAAAUUAUUAAAUACUUUGCAGUGGUAUACGAGCAGUAAGAAGUUGCAUAAACAGAGUACCCAUGUCACUUAAUGACACUCACAUGCAAUGUUUUUAAUUAGCAUUGGUGGUAACCAAUAGAAACAUUGCUCUCUUUUUAAUGUAUUUCCACAAAAAGUGAUUGCAAGCUUUAUAGUAAUCUGGAUUUUCAAUAGUACUUCAUUACCAUUAAACACGUUUUGGUCUCAUAAAAGAUGAGAAGACUGGAGCCAAAAGUUAACUUAUUGUAAAGAGAAUUUUUGUAUGGUGCGUUAUUUUGAAGUUCUUCAUUUUCUCUAUUAUUUACAUAUUAUUUAAUUCUGCACAAUUAGAAAUGGAUUAAAAUAUAUUACAUUUAGUUUUGAUUUGUAUAAUUUGUUGAUGGGAUUUUGAUUGCAGUGGGUGAUUGGUUUAGAAAUGCACAAAAUGGUUAUGAAUUGCACUUGAAAAGCAGAAAAGCUGAAAUAACUGAAUUGUAAGUUGAUAAUUUAAAUAUUGUGCAUUUAAUUAAUCUAAGCCAUUUUUGAAUCUCUGUAAAAAUUAAGAAAUCCAUUAAUGUUUCCAGUAAUCUGAAAAGGAUUUAGUAAAAUCACCCUGACACAUUUUUUGCAUUUAGAAUUUUACUGCUUGCUGUCUGAGGACAGAAAUUGUCAGGCACAAUACAUGAAAGAUGCUGAUUUCUUUAAAUGAAAAUGAUUUGGAACACUAAAAGUGACUGACAAAUUGUUUCAUUGUCAAACUACUUGUUCUAAAUUGCAGAACUUGAUUUGUUUUGAAUUGGUCUUCACUACUUUUAACAUGCUACCUGCCUCCUUUAAAAACUACAUGAUCGGCGAUUGAGCGAAUGUGCUACAUGAUGAAGUAAAGUCAAUCCCAAAUCAAUCUUAACUUACUAGUCAUGAUAAAUUUCUGUUAGUGGAAUAUGAUGAGUAUGAGUAGUAUAAUUGAGUACAAUAUGGAUAUCAUGUUUCUGAUUGACAGAUUUGUUUGCAGGAAACUAGAAAUACUGAUUUUUGCACAGCACAUGGCAGCUUAUUUCAGUUAGUGGCACAUAUUUCAAUGCUAUGUGAAAUUGACAGCAAUGUUCUUUCAUUACUGUUUUACAUGAAGUACCUUGUAUUUGAAUUUUUUGGAACAAUGUUUUUCCAAUGUGCAUGCAUAUACAAUAUAAUUAGACAGUUUGGAAGUUGAGAGUUUGUAAAUCCAGUAGUUCUAAAAUGGCAUUAAACAUACACAAAAUGCAGAAAUUUACAGCUGAGCUUAAGAAAGUUGCAGCCCUUUUAGCUUCUGGGAAACCAUUAGGACGUAGCUAAUAUUUUAUCUCGAUAUUUUUUUCUCAAAAUUGUUGGAAUUGGCCUUUAAUUGUGACUGUUGGUUCAAAUUUUACCAUUUGGUGCAUUUAUUUAUUAGAAUAUGUAUUCAAAGGGUAAAUAAUUUGCCAAAUUUCUUUUAAUCUUAUAUUUUAACCAUAAAUGCAAAAUUAAAUGUUCAAUUUUCAGCCAGGGAUGAUUUAAUUGUACAUCAAAAUAAACAUGCUGUGAAAAUUCAAGCUUACUACUGUCCCUAGUACAACUUACUUUAUUUUUUCUAAAAGUAAAAUCUAGUAUUUCUGUGAAAUGUAGCUAAUUAUUCAUUAAAGUCAGUACCAUAUGUUUGGUACAUGUUCCAGAUUAUUCAGAAAUUCCAGGUAACAUUGAAGAAAUCUUUUGUUAGUUGUGAAGGUGAUUGGCUUCUUCGAAUGUGACUUUGUGAAAACCAGCAUCUCAUUUGUAAGUAGCAUGCUCCAGAGUAAUGCCUUUUAUCAGAAGUUUGUUUCAUCUCAGAAACCUAUUUGCUUAACCUUCAUUUCUCCAAGCCUUCUAUUUUUUGACAGUGAAGGGGGUUUAUGGAUUACCUAGUUUUACACUGCUGUCAUCAGCUUAUGAGCUAUCAAUUCAAGUUUUUGAGUGUGUCUUGAAACCAUUUAAUUUCUCACCUGGUAAUUUACAGAAAUGCAGAAAACUGAACUAACCAGAAAUUUUUUCAGCCAAUGCCAAAUACUGUUGGCUACAUGCGUGUUACUGAAGUACAGCUGUAAUGAAUAAGAUGCUUCUCAUUAGGUUCAAAGACACUGGACAGAAGUUAAUGAUUUAUCCAUCUGUGUUCUGAGUAGGAAAAUUUAAUAAGUAGUAGAUCUAAAUGUUGAUUAAGAGAAAAAUUAAUUUUCUAGUUCUGCAUUCUGGAUUUAGUCCUCUUGUAUUGGGUUAAUAUGCAUAAUUAGAGAUAUAAAGACAUUGGAGGAAAGUAAUUAAGCUUCACUAUCAAAUAUAGCUGUCCAAUUGUUGGCAUAUUGUUAAGAUGUAAUUUAAAACAGAUCUACAAAUUUGUGUAAAAACCCUAUUUUGAAAUGAACUCUAUUGAGAUUACAUACUUCUCUAUUGAGGUUAAAUAUUUAAAGUACAGUACCACUAAGUAGACAAAACAGAUGUGGAUGUAUUCAUGUGAGGUAUUGAUGUAGUCUGAAAUUUCACUGCUAUUGAACAUGUACUAUAAUUGCAACAAGCCAGAAAUUGUAUGACUAAAUAUUAUUCAAAUUGACUGAAAUAUAUCAUGGUUACUUUAACUGGACUAUGUAAGUGUUGAACUUGAUGUUGGUUGACAACUGAUGAGCAUGAUUUCCUUCAUUCAUUUCUUGAAAGUUUCUUUCAUUGGACAAUUAGAAUUUUCAUUUUAAAAUGUACAACAUAAAUUCUAUGAAAAUUUAAAUAGCAUAUUUGCUAAACAAAUCAUUUUUGAAUUACAUUAUUUUCAUUUUUAGACAGUAGUCUCAAGACCUUUAAUAAAGUUCAUGAUGGUAUAAA